AUGAGAGGCAAAGUUUGUACAAGCAUGAGAGGCAAAGACUUUACAAGCAUGAGAGGCAAAGACUGUACGAGCAUGAGAGGCAAAGACUGUACGAGCAUGAAAGACAAAGUUUGUACAAGCAUGAGAGGUAAAGACUGUACAAGCAUGAGAGGCAAAGACUGUACGAGCAUGAGAGGCAAAGACUGUACAAGCAUGAGAGGCAAAGACUGCACAAGUAUGAGAGGCAAAGACUGUACAAGCAUGAGAGACAAAGACUGUACGAGCAUGAGAGGCAAAGACUGUACAAGCAUGAGAGGCAAAGACUGUACAAGCAUGAGAGGCAAAGACUGCACAAGUAUGAGAGGCAAAGACUGUACAAGCAUGAGAGGUAAAGACUGUACGAGCAUGAGAGGCAAAGACUGUACGAGCAUGAGAGGUAAAGACUGUACGAGCAUGAAAGACAAAGUUUGUACAAGCAUGAGAGGCAAAGACUGUACAAGCAUGAGAGGCAAAGACUGUACGAGCAUGAGAGGCAAAGACUGUACGAGCAUGAGAGGUAAAGACUGUACGAGCAUGAAAGACAAAGUUUGUACAAGCAUGAGAGGUAAAGACUGUACAAGCAUGAGAGGCAAAGACUGUACGAGCAUGAGAGGCAAAGACUGUACGAGCAUGAGAGGCAAAGUUUGUACAAGCAUGAGAGGCAAAUACUUUACAAGCAUGAGAGGCAAAGACUGUACGAGCAUGAGAGGCAAAGACUGUACAAGCAUGAGAGGCAAAGACUGUACGAGCAUGAGAGGCAAAGACUGUACAAGCAUGAGAGGCAAAGACUGCACAAGUAUGAGAGGCAAAGACUGUACAAGCAUGAGAGACAAAGACUGUACGAGCAUGAGAGGCAAAGACUGUACAAGCAUGAGAGGCAAAGACUGUACAAGCAUGUGA